CAUGUUGGAUAUUUUACAGAAAUGGAGACUGAGUGUGUGUGGUUGUCUUGGUGUGAUCCUGUGUGGUGAACUGCCCAAGGUGAACCCCACAGUGACUGGGAUAGGCUCCAGCAACCCUGUGAUCGCAAAAGGGAUGUUUGGACGAUGGACCAAUCCAUUCAGAUCAUUCAGUUCCACGAUUGUUUAUCUAGCUCUGCAGAAACUGCUCUGAAUCACCUCCAAAAUGAUGAACCCGACUUACCGGUUUUGUGAUUUCUUACUUUCGAUAAGGAUGUUGUUGCAUUUUUUAGGGCUGUAGGGGGAGUUUCUCCGCUUACCAGCUCAUUAUAAGGGGAGUUUACCAUUUGCUCAUGAAGGCACCUUUUCCUUAUACAUCUACCCUGCUUGUGUUGAACAGUCAGAGGUCUCAGAGGAACGCUGCAGAGAACAUCAGUGUGCAUCUGCCGUGAAAAAUGUCUGUCCAAAAAGUCCUCAAGAGAUGUUUGAGGAAACUCUCCAAAGAGGAGUUUAAGGAAUUCGUCUAUCAGCUGCUGGACAGAGAGGAACAUCCAAAAGUUCACAAGAAACAGGUGGAGGGCAAGGACUACAUAGAUGUUGCAAAGGUGAUGGUGUCCGUGUUCUCGAAGAACAAAGUCCUGAAGGUGGCUGUGGAAAUUCUCAAAGAAGCAAAGUUGAAUAAACAGGCAAAAAGGCUGGCUGCAGCUGCAAAAAAGAUGUUGGAAUCCCGUAAAACAACCAAGAGAACAUCAGAAGACGAAGAUGAAGACGGAGACGAAGACGAAGAUGAAGACGAAGACGAAGAUGAAGAGGAAGAGGAAGAUGGUAGGUGAUUUACAAGUUUUUGGUGACAAUCACACACUUUAAUCCUAAACUGGAAUUCACACUCAGUAAUAAUAAAAAAAAUAUAUAU